AUGUCCUGCCAGCAGAACCAGCAGCAGUGCCAGCCCCCUCCCAAGUGCCCCGCCCCCAAAUGCCCCCCCAAGUGCCCCCCAGUCUCUUCCUGCUGCAACAGCAGCUCUGGGGGCUGCUGUGGCUCCAGCUCUGGGGGCGGCGGCUGCUGCAGCUCUGGGGACGGCGGCUGCUGCCUGAGCCACCACAGGCGACACAGGUCCCAUCGUCACAGACACCAGAGCUCUGGCUGCUGCAGCCAGCCCUCGGGGGGCUCCAGCUGCUGUGGAGGGGGCAGCGGUCAGUUGUCUGGAGGCUGCUGCUGA